AUGGUUAACUCCGUUCAUAUCUUCUCCUUCUUUGCCCUUAUUGCAGGAUCUCUCGGUGCUGCCAGCGAAGGAGACCUUGUUAAUGCUCCCGGGCAAUUCGUGAAGCGGGAUAAGGAAUGGGGGUCUCCCGACAACACUACUGUGAAGCAUCCUCCUCCUCCUCCUCCGACUUCAACUGCUACAUGGCUCACGACUACGACUCCUAUUUAUCCUACGACAAAACCCCACUCCCCUCCCCCGGUGUCCACUCCUCAGCAUCAACCUACCACCCACAACCCACCCCCAAGUUGGAACACUACUAUUGUAUACCCGCCAACGGCAACCGCAAAGACAAUUACAAGUCUUAUCACCAUCACCACCUGGAUUCCCGUGACCACGAUUUGCACAACUGGAUGGACUACGUAUACUUCCGUUUCCUCACUCACAACAACUCUUACAAAGACUGUGGUCACAGUGACUACUGAUUGCCCACCUACAGUCACACCACUGCCUGUUCCCACAAUUAAGGUCCCUCCGCCAGUGAUCACAACGGUGUACCCGCCCACCACUACCGCCACAAAGACAUAUGUCAUCACCAAGCCUUGCCCGAUCUGCAACGAGACAACCGCCUACUACACAAAGACGUACACCAUCCCUGGGACCACUUAUACUUUCUGGGCACCACCCUCGCACAACAACACAUAUGUUUUCCCUCCUCCCCCAGGAACCACUCACAUUCCCCCCCCACCCCCAUCUAAGCCAACCACCACAUAUAUCUCUGCACCUCCAGGAACUACAUAUACCCCUCUUCCACCACCACCAACCACCACCAAGUCCCCAGCCAUCGUGACACCACCGUCAAAUACCACAUAUGCGCCCAGCCACUCCGCAUCCGUCUACCCCGGUGCUGGUUCGAUCAACAGACCUUGUGUUGCUGGUAUCAUUGUUGCUGUAGUCGCUGUUCUAGCAGCGAUGGCUUAGGGAGGGAGGGAACGUUGGGGGGGGCUUUGAUGUUCAUGCUAUCAUGUCGUUCUUUUUUCGUAUUUUGACGGUCAUUGAUUUCAACAAGUGUACGAAGUUAGGAUAUGUCUUGUGAGGGAAUCGUAUACAAAUAAGAGUGAAAUAUACUUGUACCACGAAGGUCUUUGUGUGUCGGAUUUUUC